UGUUUUGGAGAUGCUAUCAUGACCUGAACUAUUCGCGGUGAUGCCUCUGAAAAGACUCUAUCAUCAGAUUCAGUCUGACUCUGCUUGUCCGCCCGAAUAUGUUCCUCCGGCUCCUUGUGCUGCUGCUCCUUUUGGGAGAGCGAAACUUAAUCGCAAAGGAGAACUUUGUGCGGCCGUCGCACCUGGCUCAUUUCCUAGAUAGGGUCGGUCGAGUGCACCGCCUGCAUGCCAUCACCAUUGUGAACAGCCUGGAGUCGAUCAGUGCCAGCUAUCUUAAUGAAUUGCAUCGCCUGCUUCGAAGCAACAGCAGCAACCACUUCUACUUGAUGCCGCAGAUGACUGCCACGGAUGAGGAGACGACCCAUGUGCGGUUCAGCCGGCUGCAGGACGAGGAAACGCUGUACGUGGUUUUUGCAAGGAAUACCAGGGAUGCCAUAAUUGAGUUGCAGGCGCGACGAGCCCGGGGUAGGCGCUACUCCAAAACCAUGUUUCUGCUAAAGUGCAGAGAGUCACCUUCGAGUGUGGCGGACUUUUUCGAAUUGCUUUGGAAACUGCAAUUCCGCUCCGCCCUGGUGGUGGUGGCCAAGCGAAAUUUCUACCAAAUGGACCCGUACCCCACCAUUCGUGUGAUUCGUAUGCGCCGGCUAUCCGCCUAUGAUCCGCAUCAUCUGUUUCCUCUGCCCAAUCGACGGGACUACAGGGGCUACCGGCUGCGCCUGCCUGUGCAGCAGGAUGUGCCGAACACGUUUUGGUACAGGGAUCUCCAUCGAUCAAACUCUUGGCACCUGGACGGAGUGGGUGGGAUCUUGGUCAACCAGCUGAUGUCGCACCUGAAUGUGUCGCUGGAGCUGUUCUCCCUUGUUGUGAAUGGAUCCAAUCUGUUGAACAUGGCCGCGCUUACGGAUCUCAUUAUCCACGGCUCGGUGGAGAUGAGCCCGCAUCUGUUCGACACACUGCAUCCGAAUAGUCAGGUGGACUACUCCUAUCCCGCGCAGGUGGCGCCGCGCUGCUUCAUGAUCCCCCUGGACAACGACAUUUCUCGGAGCCUUUAUGUCUUUCUGCCUUUUAGCUUGACGAUUUGGCUGUGCCUGUUACUCACACUGCUUCUGGUGCACUUCCUUUUUGUGCGUCGCCUGAUGCCGGACUCGCAGCUCUGGAACAUACUUGGAGUGCCGGGAGCUGGGACGGUUAGAUCCCAGAAGCGCAAGCCAGGACGAGGCCUUUGCGGCCUGCUGAUCCUUUUCGGGAUCUCUAUCCUGUGGCAGUUAUACAGUACCAAGCUCACCUCCUUUCUGACCGUAACUCUUACCCGUCCGAAUGCUGGGAGCUUAGAGGAGCUAUUUCGGCUGCCCUAUCGCAUUCUGGUGCUGCCCACCGACGUGGACGCCAUUGUGGCCUCCCUGGGACAUGGCGAGCAAUUCGCGGCCAAGUUCAGCUUCACGGAUCCCGAGCACUUUGACGCGAAGCGAAUAUCGCUGGAUCCGGAGUAUAUAUAUCCCAUAAGCCGGAUCCGCUGGGAGUUCUUCAACCUGCAGCAGCGCUUUUUGCGCAAGAAGCGCUUUUUCUUCUCGAAGCUCUGUCACGGUACUUUUCCCUUUCAGUACCAGCUCCGUGUGGACUCGCACUUUAAGGACGCCCUGCACCGCUUCCUGCUGCACGUGCAGCAGGGCGGACUGGCAGAUCGCUGGCUGGAGACCUGCUAUCGGCGGGCCCAUCGCAUGGGCUACCUGAGGGACUUCUCCACGCUGGCUGAGAUGGAGGAGAAGUUAAGGCUGCGGCCGUUGGCCCUCAACAUGCUGGUGCCCGCCUUCAGUCUGUUUCUGUGCGGAUUGUUGGCCAGCAGCAUUGCCUUCGUGGUAGAGAUAAACCAGAGCUUUGGGUGCAGACAAAGGCAACCUAACCGCAACACUAACCGUCCGCCCGCCAAGCCCGGGAAUUGGGGGAUUAAUGUUAAUGCAUCUGAAGUAGCUCAUUCCUAACUAGAAACCCACCCACGUCGCAACUGAAUCGAAUAUCAAGUCUAAUCUAACUUUUGUAUGAUUCACAUUAUUAUUCCCCCCACAACACCCACAAUCCACGAACGAAUGAACCCAAUUGGACCACCUAACCAAACGAAUCGAAAUUUUCAACCAUUAUUCAACCAUCAUCGAAUCCCAUCG